AUGUCAACGGUUUCAAUAAAUGCUGCAAAGACUGAACCAGGGUCGUGCUCAAGAGUCCCUCGUCGCUGCUUUGGAGAUCUUAGAGGGGUACAAUGGCGCAUAGAUUUGGGGAUUUUACCAUCUUGUCCAUUGGCUUCCAUCGAUGAUCUUCGUCGGGUUACGGCCGAUUCGAGGAGGAGGUAUGCUGCUUUGAGGAGACAGCUUCUGGUUGAUACACAUGUGCCAAAAGAUGGAAGUACUUCUCCUGAUUUUGUGAUCGACAAUCCAUUGUCUCAAAACCCAGACAGCAUGUGGGGUCGAUUCUUCAGAAAUGCUGAACUGGAGAGAAUGGUUGAUCAAGAUUUAACACGUUUGUAUCCCGAAAGAAUUGGCUAUUUCCAGGAAAGCAGUUGCCAAGCCAUAUUAAGACGAAUCUUACUGCUUUGGUGCCUUCGACAUCCAGAGUAUGGCUACAGACAAGGAAUGCAUGAGCUCCUAGCUCCCUUACUGUACGUCCUCCACGUGGACGCCCAGCGCCUCUCGGAAAUCUGCAAAAUCCACGACGACCACUUUCCCGACAAGUUCGACACGUUCUCCUUCCACGAGAAUGACCUCUCCUACAAAUUCGACUUCAAGAAAUUCUCCGACCCCACUGAUGACGACCCCACCGACGCUACCGGCUCCCCAAACGUAAGCCCAGCCCGGGCCCGGACCCCCGACGAGCUCGACCCUAAGACCCGGACCCUCGUUUUGCUGAGCGACUCGUACGGUGCUGAGGGCGAACUCGGCAUUGUCGCGUCAGAAAAGUUCCUCGAGCACGACGCCUAUGCAAUGUUCGACUCCCUCCUCGGCGGCGGUGGUGGGGCCCUUGCCAUGUCCGACUUCUUCAUCCACUCACCCUCAGGUGGGUCCCACUCCCCGGUGAUUGAGGCCUCUGUUGCCCUUUACCACCUGCUCUCGAUCUCCGACCCAUCCCUCCACGCCCACCUCGUCGAGCUCGGGGUAGAGCCGCAGUACUUUGCCCUCCGCUGGCUGCGCGUGCUCUUUGGCCGCGAGUUCUCACUCGAGGACCUUUUAUCUGUAUGGGACGAGAUUUUCGCAAGGAAGAACACGAAGACGGGUAGUGGGCCUGCGAACUUUGGGAUUCUCGAGUCGCACAGGGGAGCCUUCGUGUGUGCGUUUGGGAUCUCGAUGAUACUCCACUUGAGGUCCUCCCUGCUGGCAACCGAGAAUGCUACCGUCUGCCUUCAGAGGCUGCUCAACUUCCCGGACGAUGUUGGGAUUGAGAAGCUUCUGGACAAGGCGGAGCAGUUGCAUGAGCUGGCACUGAGGUCGAACGAUUCCGCCUCGGUGCCAGUUAGGUCUGUGCUCGCAAACAGGGGCCAUAGCCUAUCCCUGGACUCAGCCUCCACAGGGACAAUACCUCUGAGCAUGGUGGCUGACAGCUACUGGGAAGAGAAGUGGAGGGUUUUGCACAAGGAUAAAAAGGAAGAACAGCACAAGAAAGUGGAAGAAGUUCCUUACCGUAAGAAAGGUUGGUCUGAAAAGGUGGGGUUCCGCCUCUCGAGAACUGAGUCCGACCCUAUCCCGUCGAAGAAGAAGGAAAGGAACAGAAUCCCGAGGCCGUCCGUCAGAAGAAAUUUGCUUGAGGAUCUUGCACGGCAGCUCGGUUCAGAUGAGGGCCAAGACGUGGUUAUAGAGUGUAAUCAGGAUAAUAGCGAACAUCUUCAAGAGUCGAUUGAGGUUAGCGCUGUUGUUGAAGAUGUUGUUACGGCGGACAAGAAUAAUUACGAAAUUGCAUCAAGCGAAGAGAGUUCUUCCAGUUUCUCAGAUGAGAGCGAGAUCAGUGUUAGGUCGAACUCGUUAGUGGAUGACAACGAUUCUGUGUCGUGUGUGACCAAUCUGGAAUGUUCUCCACUUCCUCUCUCGGACCCGCCUGAAGGAUUGUCUUCUCAAAUUAUGGAAAAUGGCGAGUCUUUGGAGAAACUGGCAAUUGGGGCUCCCCCCAAGGAGAGAAAGGUGCUGUCGAGUAAGUUUCAGUGGCUGUGGAAGUUCGGUAGGAAUGGUGGAGAGGGGACAUCUGAGAGAACAAGUGGUUCUAUGGAUGGGAAGGGUUUAAAUGGUGAUGGUCAUGAAGCUGUGGGGGUGUCGAGUGGCGCUGGGUGUGAACAUUCUUGUGGGACGAGCAAGGGUGAGACAGUCGAUCAGAACUUGAUGGUUAGCUUGAAAAAUCUUGGCCAAUCCAUGCUUGAGAACAUUCAGGUGAUAGAGUCUGUGUUCCAGCAGGAUAAUCGGAAUCAAACGGUAUCCUUGGAGAAUUUGUCAAAGAAUGGUCUCGUGGGGAAAGGACAAGUCACGGCAAUGGCCGCACUGAAGGAGCUCCGAAAGAUCAGCAAUCUUCUAUCCGAGAUGUGA